AUGGAGAAGGCCAACUCUCGCAUGAAGCAGCUGAAGAGGCAGCUUGAGGAGGCUGAGGAGGAGGCCACACGUGCCAACGCCUACCGCAGGAAGCUGCAGAGGGAGCUGGAUGAUGCCUCUGAGGCCAGCGAAGGUCUCAGCCGUGAGGUCAACACACUCCAGAGCCGCCUCAGGCGUGGAGGCCCCAUCAGUUUCUCCUCCAGCCGCUCGGGCAGGCGUCAGCUGCAGGUGGAGGGAACAUCGCUCGACCUCCUAUCCGACGACGAGGUGGAAAACAAGCCCACGGACGCCAAUGCCAACGAGACACCAGCAGCUCCCCAACCAGAGUAGAAGCUCUCCCUCCAGCCCACACGCAGCAUGGCCUCCGCCCCCACAACCCUUACCCCUGUCCUCCUAACCCCAGACACCAGCAGUGGACCCCACUACUCUGCCUUACCCCUCUAUGGCAAGCUGCAGGGCCAAGCAAAUCCAUAAUCUCCUCCAUAUGA